AUGAAUUAUGUCUCUGAAGCGAAAAAAUAUUUCUCUAUUUUUCAAGUAAAUCAUAUAUUGUGUAGAAAAAGCAGAGUAAAUAAUAUAAAAGAGCACUGUUAUAAUAAAUUCCAUUUUAGCACGAAAAAUAAUAACUAUAAUAACAACUCAUUAAAUACAAAAACUACUAAUGAUACAAAAAAUAAUAAUUAUGAUUUUUCAAAGCCUAAAUAUAAAAUAAUUAAUUCGCAACCAAAAAGAAAUUUAAGUGUCUUUGGGUAUAACAGAGGAAAGUUUUUUGUAAGCAUAAAGAAAGAUUUUACUAGUUUUGUAGUUAAUUCUUUAAUUAUUUUUGUUUUCCUUUAUUCAGUUUAUACAUUAGCGCCAAAAGAAACAGUAUCUCAAAGAAGGAAACGAAUUAUUACAGAAAGAUUAAUGAAAGAGUACAAUAUUUCGGAUAAGGAUCUCGAAAUGAUUGAACAGUACGAUGAUGCUACUGGAAGAUAA